UAGAAUGCGCACUAGUAAUUUCAGAAUGGCGAAUUUUAUUCAACUUUUCGAGAACAUUCACCUUAUUUCGGCCAUUUUUCUGCUUCUUUCUGUAUAUAUUCCAACCACAUUUCAAACGUCAGAUAAUGGUGGUUCACAGUUAUUCAAAAUCGACGGGAAAGUGGCCAUACCGAACGAAGCAAUCGAUCCGAACUGGGUGACGACGACGAGAGUUCUUGUGGAUGGGGGAGAGUACAUCGGUUUUCUCAGGGGCGAUGGUAGCUUCACCGUGAGUAACAUACCCAAAGGUUCCUACGUCAUCGAAGUGAUCCAUCCGGCCCACAUUUUCGAACAAGCGAGGGUAGAUAUUACAACAACGGGGAAGAUCCGAGCACGAAGGGUUAAUAAUGUCCAGCCGUCGCUGGUUUCCACGGUGCAGUAUCCAUUGAAGUUUAAGCCACGUGGAAACGCCAAAUAUUUCCAGAUGAGAGAACAAUGGAAGAUUACAGAUUUCUUGUUUAAUCACAUGGUUCUGAUGAUGGUGCUACCAUUCCUGGUGAUUGUACUCCUGCCAAAGUUGGUCAACACUAGUGAUCCAGAGACACAGAAGGAGAUGCAGAGCCAGAUGAACAUGUUGAACCCAAGACAGCAGAUGCCCGAAGUGUCAGAGAUGUUUACAAACUGGUUUGGCGGAGGUGGGAAGAAGUCGAGCAGCGUCAGUAAGGCGAAGCCACGGAAACAGAGAUAGGAGGAGGCGACAAACAUUUUUCUUUUUCACCUUCUGUGGACUGGGGAUAUCACUCUAUUAUAUUAGCAACACCAUUCUCCAGGCAGAUCAAAGGUUAUUCUCUCUGGCAACACAAAUUUCCAUUACACCAUAUGCUCACAGGCACGUAAAAAUACCAGAAUCAACUAAUUAAUUCGCGAUUGAUCGACCCCCAUAAAACCUACAGAAACACAAAUAAAACCUUGACAAGGGAGAGUGAUGUGUUGGAGUUCUGCAGCUAAUGUGCAUCAGUUGAUAAUUGGGGGCUGAUCAAUUGUUGAGGUUCUGUUAUUUUCACACGCCUGUGGUACUCCAAAGAAUUCAGCAAUGGCAGCCUGUGUUGGCAGUUACAGAAUGCCAUCAUUAAAUGUAGUUCAUGUUACAAUAACAGAGAAAGGAGGAGGGGGCAUCCUCCUAUAGCAGGUCGUUGCAUCGUUCCAAGAAAUAGACUCCAGGUUAAGAAUGAUCCAAUGGCCUGACAUUAGAGGAUGGGAGAAGAGGGGGAAUAUCGUUGUCUUUUGUCCUCCCUGAGGACGUCACCCGUAUUGCAGCUUAAACUGGAGUCUUGACAUAUCCUCUGAGGGAGAACCCAGUAUUCGUUGUUUCACAUUGCUGUAAACUUUUAUUAUGUCUUAAGGUAUGUUUUAGGCUAGGAAGAGGGGGGCAUCCCUGUGAGUCCUGGCUGUGCAUUACCGGGACAUGAUGAACCACCUUUGGUUGAAGGACCAGGGAUGCAUGAAACCCAGGAUACAUAGAAUUAUGGCUGAUUUAAAUGUGCCGUGAUCACGUGAAAGAUGUUAGUUGCAAUUCAAUUUUCAGGUUUUUAGGCAGAGAAAAACAGUGACCCAAGUUUGGUACUCAAACAGCCAAAUGAAUAUUGUCCAAACACGUGUAUCAUCAAUCCAACCAAAUAUCUAUGCAUUGUCACAUGUCAAUAUGGUCCCUUGUUGUAAAGUUUAAAUAAAUUUAUUGUCA